AUGUCUGCUAUGUCUGCUUACAUGUGUUACUUUGAGUUUGUAGGAAGUGCUAUUUCUGAUGCCAAUAUUUGGCAAUAUUUCCAAUACUGUCAUCACUACAUGGAUGCUUAUACUAAUCAAGCAUCAUUUCUGUCUUUGGUCUUGCACUUUUUAUCUAUCAGGCUAGGCUUAAACCUCUAA